AUGGCACUGAAGAUGCCGGAAAGAAUGACUAAGAGGGUUGAAGUCACCUCCUCUCUCACCACAGAGACUGGCCUCAAUCCUACUUCUAAUGGACAGCAAUCUGUCACUAAUGAAUCCCCCUUAUCCACCAAGACUCCCUCUAACCCUCCCUCUCAUGAACAGAGAGAUGUCAGUAACAGCAUCACGGUCGGAGAGGUUGAGGAGUUGGCGGGGUUGUUGUCAGUUUUGAUGACCCUCGGGGAUGCUAACAACCCUGUACAAAUUAAGGACCUCAGCUCUUCAGUUCCUCAGAAAGAGACAGGGGUUCAGUCCACACCAGUGCCAGACACAAAAGCUGCUGGUGAUGUGGGAGAUGUAUCCUCUCCGACUGUAAGAAAUGGAGAGGUCGAGGAGUUGGCGAAGCUAUUAGCAGUUGUGUUGGCUCUAGGGGACGUUGACAAGCCUGUACAUAUUAAGAACCUCGGCUCUGCAGUUCACAAUGAAGAGACAGAGGUUAAGUCCACACCAAUUCAAGAGAAAGAUGCAACAGUUACUGCUGAUGUUAAAAUAGCAUCUUCUUGGAGGAAUGAAACUUGUCCCAGCCCUCCCGCCUCUGAUGGACAACAAUUUGUCACAACUAAACCCUCCCCAACUGCCAAAAUUCCCCCAAAUCCUCCUUGCAAAGAACAGAAUCUUGUCACUGAUAAGAUAAUUGGUGGUGAACGAAGAGAGGCGGGGAAGCUGACAGAUUUAAUGCCACAUAUAUUGACUCUUAGGGAGGCUCAUGUACAUGUUGCAUCCUCUGUGACAGCCAAGACUGCUGCCAAAUACACUUCUGCUGAACAGCACACUGUCACUACUGUUCCCUCUGUGAAAGUGAAGGAUCCAGCUAAUUCCCCUUCUCAUACAGAGAAUGCUGUCACUAUGGUUCCCUCUAAGACAGUCAAGGCUCCUGCCAUGUCCUCCUGUGAUGAACAGAGAGCUGUCAGUGAAAGGGGCCAGUCUGGAAAACGGAAGAGGCGACGCCGCCGUUUCACUCCUUCUAAAAGGCUAAAGUCCGCUUCGCUAACUCCAGUGGAGAUUGAAAUUGAGAGUCUGACCAAGAGGUUUUGCGCCUUGAGUGUGUAAGCCUCAGUGUGUUGGAAGUUUUUACUUGUGCAAGAAUUUGACGUUUGACUUCUGACUGUUUAAUUUUGGUGGUGGUGGGGUGGGGGAGUUGUUGUACAAUUCUUUUCAAAGCAUUAUUCAGACAUAUUCUUGCACAGGUAAUUGUUUCAGUAGUUUGUUGUAUAUAAUUAAGUGUACAUAGUUGAUCCUGAAUCAGUGUAAAUAUUUUUGAUUAUAAAUUAUGAUUUAAAAUGCAUGUCAUUAAAUAUUUUAUAGAUUUAUUUUUUAUUGGAAAUUUUAGAUCUAACUUUUUUUCUAUAUUUACUUUGAAA